AUGGCGCCGGACCCGGAGUCCCCAGCAGCCGGCGGCUACCGCCGCAUCCUGGUGCCGCAGAAGCGGCGCCCGGCGUCGCCGGCAGCGCAGCUUCCGGGCUGCUUGGCCGGGGUGGUGGCAUCGGGGGCGGUGGCCUUCGACUGGGAGGCCGGAGGGUCACCGGUGCAACGACGCUUGAGGAGUUCCUCACCCAAGACCUGUGAAGGGCUGAGAGGCUCCUUGGUUCUGGGCCAGCAUAGUCCGCGACCGUACCACAAUGAGGAGAAGACCACGUUUAUGUUCGACUCCUCUCCUGCGAUGGGCGGGGUGCGGGCACGAUCGUUGCGGAGAAGUGGGUUAUCCGCAGCUGCGCGAAAUCUUUCCCCUACAUGGACUAUGGGGGAGAACUUCCCUCCAGAGGCUGCGCAGGAGUCCUUCCCGACAAAGCGUCGGAGUUUGAGCCCACGGAGCUUGAUGUCGCAGAUCCUCAAUGGGGAGGAUGAGCCAAUUCACCGCCGCCUCCGCGGUCGUGCGCCAGCACUGCGGCUUUCUGGGCGCCGGGCGGUGGAAACUUUCGUCCCAGUAACAGCGGCUCAGCCAUUGACAAUGUUCAAGCCAUCUCCGGCGCUACCGGAACGCCAGAGCAAAGAAGAUGCGGCCAUUGCCAUGGAAACAGCAAGGCCCAUCAUGUGGUUUGGUGAAGAUGGCCAGGAGGAGCGUUGGAGUCCCUUUUCCUGGUCUCCGAAGCCCAUCACCCGUGCCGGUGAGUUCUCCCCACGUCGCGCGGGCCGCGGGCUCGUUGAGGGGAGCCCCAGAAGUCACAGUCCAGCAGGACCCAAGAGCCCCACGGUCUACGGCAUUGAAGGACUGCAACUUGAAGCGCGGGAAGCUCCAGGUGAAGACGGCUCCCCCAACUGGCGGCAUGUCAGCGGCACUGCAGUGGCGUGGCUGAUGGGAAACACAGCCAGUAGAGCUUCGACGAUGACGCCAAGUCUUCGAUUUUCAUGGCCUUGUGAAGCCGUGGCCGAGGGUCCAGCAGAGGAUGGAAGACAUCCUCCCUCACUUGGGGAAGAGGUGGGCCUGGGAUAUCCUCCGUUCUCAGAAGGCCACGAAUGGCCGCCACGAGCGCCAGGGGAUGCCCCGGCGUUUGCCAAGCAGGGUCAACUCUUCCGGCAUUACUUGCAGUGGCGCAGGGAAGGGCAGGGCGAGGUGGAACGGAUCCAAGCGAAGAUUGCGGGAGACGACAUGUGGCUUCAAGAGAUGAUGUUGGGCUGCGACACCGAACUCUUUGAGACGCCAUGGCCACCAUGCCGCCAUGUGAUGCAUUUGGAGCGAUUCCUGAAGACUGCAGACGAAGUAGGAGUGAUUCCGCAGUUGGACGAGUUGGAUGGAGCUUGGGAAGAGCGUUUACGUCCUGUGCUUGGCUCAUGGAGGAAGAACCCUGCCUUGGCCACGCAGGUCUUGUGCAGGCUCCGUUCGGCCCGACGAUCCAGAGCCGCUUGCAUCCUGUUGCAGGCCAUGAAUUCCAGCCGCAUCGUUCCCAACGAGUUUCACCUUCAUAGCGCCUUGAGCGCCUGCGAACGAUGCAGCGACUGGAGCCGGGCGCUGUGGCAGUUAGGUGACGCUUCCAGCUUUGGCAUUUCAAGCAGCACGGUAGCCUUCAACAGCACAAUGAGUGCGUGUGAAAAGAGCCACCAUUGGCAAUGGUCCUUGCAUCUGCAUAAGGAGAUGGAGCAGCAGAUGAUCAGCAAGGACACCAUCUCCUACAGUGCGGGAAUUAGUGCUUGUGAGAAGGCGGGUCGGUGGCAGCAGGCCCUAGUUCUUUUCCACGAAAUGCAAAAGCGGCGAGUCCGCAAAGAUCAGAUUCUGUAUGGUGCGGCCAUCAGUGCUUGUGAGAAGGGCGAAGCAUGGGAAUGCGCGUUGACAUUGCAUCAGCAGUGCCUGGACGAAGGCAUCCGUCAAGAUGAGGUGAUCCAUGGCGCCUGCAUCAGCGCGUUUGAGAAAGGCGCUCAAUGGCAGCUGGCUCUGUCCUUUUUGGACAAGGUGCCGGCUUCCAGGGUGGCUUGCUGUGCUGCAAUCAGUGCUUGUGAAAAGGCAGCGCGCUGGCAGACAGCUUUAGGUCUGCUGGCAACACAGACAGUGGAGGCUAUGCAGACUAAGGUGGAUGUCGCCAGGAGCGCAGCGAUCAGUGUGCCUUGGAAGCCGGCUCUGGAACUUUUUAUCGAGGGGGACAAUCCCAAUGUUUAA